GGACUGUUUUUCGAACCCAACCCAAUUAAAACCAAAUCAAAACCCUAAAACCAAGAUUCAUACACAGGUAAUCUCUCCAUUCAGUUUGAGCCGCUUGACACAGAGAACAGCAGUAAAGAUGAGCAAAGUUACCGCGGCCAAGGGUGGUAAGAAGAAGGGGACGAGCUUCGUCAUCGACUGUGGAAAGCCAGUUGAAGAUAAAAUCAUGGACAUCGCUUCUCUCGAGAAAUUUCUUCAGGAGAGAAUCAAGGUCGGCGGAAAAGCCGGAGCUCUCGGCGAUUCUGUUACUGUUGUUCGUGAGAAGAGCAAGAUCACCGUCACUUCUGACGCUAACUUCUCCAAAAGGUAUCUUAAAUAUUUGACAAAAAAGUAUUUGAAGAAGAACAAUGUCAGAGAUUGGUUGCGUGUGAUUGCUUCCAACAAAGACCGAAAUGUUUAUGAGCUGCGGUACUUUAACAUUGCUGAGAAUGAGGGAGAGGAAGAGGACUGAACUGUCUAAUGUAGUUCUGCUGUCUCCCCUAUUUAAACGUUGAAUUUUCCUUAUUGGAUUCUUGUUAGAACUAUCAGUAUCUGAUGUCAGUGUUUUGGAUAUCUUAGAAUUUUGUUUUCCAAUGAGAUAUUUUUGUUGUCACAUGAGAUGAAUACUUUAAUCUUGUUGAUUAUCUAUUACAAGUAUAUCAAGUACUGUUCUUACUCUC